GCGAGCGCCGUUCUGGUGUUGGGGGCGGGGACGGCCGUGACGUGUGGUGGAAGUGUCUGAAGGGAAGUGUGUGUGAGUUCUGUACAGCAUGGCUGCCAAGGUAGCUUUACCCAAGAGGGCCGAUCCAGCCGAACUGAAAACUAUAUUUCUUAAGUAUGCCAGUGUGGAAAAGGAUGGAGACUUUUUUAUGUCCCCCCUUGACUUUGUCAGACGUUACCUGAACAUCACUGGAGAUGGACAGCCCAACCCCAAAACUUUGCAGCUAUUGGCCGGCGUGGUGGAUCAAACCAAAGAUGGAUUCAUUUCUUUCCAGGAGUUUGUAGCCUUCGAGUCAGUCCUGUGCGCACCAGAUGCACUCUUCAUGGUGGCCUUUCAGCUCUUUGACAAAACUGGAAAAGGAGAAAUAACUUUUGAUGAUGUGAAGCAAGUGUUUGGACAGACUACGAUUCACCAGCAUAUCCCGUUCAACUGGGACUGCGAAUUCAUUCAGCUGCAUUUUGGAAAAGACCGGAAGAGGCUUCUACCGUAUGCCGAGUUUACUCAGCUUUUGCUGGAAAUUCAGCUGGAACAUGCCAGGCAAGCCUUCGUACAGCGCGAUAAUGACCACACGGGAACAAUCAACGCUAUGGACUUUAGAGAUAUUAUGGUCACUAUCCGUCCACACGUCCUGACCCCGUUUGUGGAACAAUGCUUAGUUGCUGCUGCUGGAGGUACCAUAGCUCACCAGGUCAGCUUCUCCUACUUCAAUGCAUUUAAUUCCUUGCUGAACAACAUGGAGCUUAUUAGGAAGAUCUACAGUACCUUGGCCGGAAACAAGAAAGAUGUGGAGGUCACAAAAGAGGAGUUUGUACUUGCUGCACAAAGGUUCGGACAGGUCACCCCCAUGGAAGUAGACAUACUGUUCCAACUCGCAGAUUUAUACGAGCCACGGGGGCGCAUGACAAUGGCAGAUAUUGAAAGAAUCGCUCCUCUGGAAGAAGGAGCAUUGCCCUACAAUUUGGCUGAAGCCCAGAGACAGCAUCAAGGCUCCGGUGAAGUGUCUCGCACUGUCCUUGUCCAAGUGGCCGAGUCUGCUUACAGAUUUGGUCUUGGCUCAAUUGCUGGAGCCGUUGGUGCUACUGCAGUGUACCCCAUUGAUUUGGUAAAAACACGGAUGCAAAACCAGCGGUCAACCGGAUCGUUUGUAGGAGAGCUAAUGUACAAGAACAGCUUUGACUGUUUUAAAAAAGUGUUACGGUACGAAGGGUUCUUUGGACUUUACAGAGGUCUUCUGCCACAGCUGCUUGGAGUAGCACCAGAAAAAGCCAUUAAACUUACUGUGAAUGAUUUUGUACGUGAUAAAUUUACGAUUAAGGACGGUUCCAUUGCUCUUGCAGCUGAGAUUCUUGCGGGUGGAUGUGCUGGAGGCUCGCAGGUCAUUUUCACCAAUCCACUUGAGAUCGUGAAGAUCCGCUUGCAAGUGGCUGGAGAGAUUACUACUGGCCCCCGCGUCAGUGCCCUGACCGUUCUCAAAGACCUGGGUUUCUUUGGCCUUUAUAAGGGCGCCAAGGCUUGCUUUCUCCGCGACAUCCCCUUCUCUGCUAUCUACUUCCCCUGUUAUGCCCAUAUGAAGAGCGCCUUUGCAUCAGAAGAUGGUAGGGUGAGCCCUGGGUACCUCCUUCUGGCUGGUGCCAUCGCCGGUAUGCCGGCUGCAUCUCUGGUGACUCCUGCUGAUGUCAUCAAAACUCGACUGCAAGUCGCUGCUCGGGCUGGUCAGACCACCUACACAGGGGUCAUAGACUGCUUUAGGAAAAUCCUGCAGGAGGAAGGGCAUCGUGCGUUAUGGAAGGGAGCUGGAGCGCGUGUCUUCAGGUCCUCUCCCCAGUUUGGUGUGACGCUGGUGACAUACGAGUUACUGCAACGAUGGUUCUACGUAGAUUUUGGUGGAAAGAAACCAGCUGGUUCAGAACCGGUCCCUAAAUCCCGAAUCACAUUGCCAGCCCCAAAUCCAGACCACGUCGGGGGAUAUAAACUUGCUGUAGCCACUUUUGCCGGAAUCGAAAGCAAAUUUGGACUGUACCUGCCACGAUUCCAGGCCCCACCAUCUACCUCUGCCGCUGCUAAAGCUUGAGGACUGCGGCAACUUGCGGAGACCACUCAAUGCAGUUCUGUCAUAUUUUACAAUUUGUUCCCCUCAUGCAAUAAUUUCCACUGACUUCUUUUAUUCCAUAAUCCGUUUCAUGAAAGUUUUUAGAACAGUAUCGUUUCUUUUUAUGUGCGAUCUUUUUUGUUUUUGGUCUACGUUUAAGAAAAAAAAGUAUUCAGCAUGGCUGUUCAGCUCUGGUGGAAAAACUAUAUUCACUAAGGAGUGUCUACUGAGAUGAGGCUUGUGGUUCCACCAGGGCCUGACAGCCACAGGGCACCAUUUAUUCUUUGCUGGGUCUUGGCCUUUAAGAAUGUAUCUGAAUUUUACUGACCAAUACAUCUACCUGAGUCCAUCAGGCAGGUUAACUGCAACCAAAGAUUGGGGGAAAUAAAUAGAACAAUGCAAUAUCAGCACCACAGAUCAAUGUAUGAUGUAUGUACUAGCAAAAGUCAUUUAUUUCAAAUGUAUAUCUGGGCAAAAAAAAGAAGAUUCAGUACAUCUCUGAAAUACAAUGCACAUUCCCCCAUGUUUUAGGCCAUAAAAGUACAUGCUUUAAAUUAUCUAAAGAAACGUAUCUAAAUCAGAUUACAUAAUAAUAUAUAAACGCUGUAUAAUAAUGAUCUGCCAGAAAUCCAAUAAGCUCAUAACUUCCGCUCCUAACUUCCUGUUAAGCUGACCACUCUACUGCACAGAAAUCGCACCUAGGACUGUUGUCUGCCCUACCCAGUGCUACCCCUAGUCUGCUGGAGUACGGAAAUCUUCUCAUCUCCAUAACAAGUGGUCUGUGUUUUGUAGUCCAUCAGGGGAGAACAAUGCUUGGAGUUUGUGUGCAGCAGAGGCAGCAUUAUCAGCUCACCACAGCAAGUUUCUUAACUUCUAGCUCACCGGAUUUCAGCCAAACAGGUAUUCUGUACUUUGCGUGAAUUGCAAGAGGUACUGAAUUUUUUUGUUUAGUUUUUUCCCACUAAACAUAUGUUAGCUACCCACUAAAAAAAAAA